ACAGCGUCGACUUCUUAGCGAAACGGACGUACUGCGCGUCGCCCUCUAUUUUGUAUCUGUAGCGAAAAGUAUCUGAGAGCCGAGUAUCGUGUAGUACGUUAAACGUGAGAAUCGCUCAAGCUACGUACAUACGUGAUCGUGUUUGUUGUUUAUUUAUUUAACUGAUUACUGAAGUGUGUGAGGCCAAAUCCAAGCCAAGUGUUGCGUGAAUUGUGAUUUAAAGAAAGGUUCAUUGAGCAUAUUUUUGUUGUGUGUUGAAAAGCUUUAAAAAUCUAUAAAUAAAUUAUACCCAGGGCCUUUAAACGUGUUUAGUGUUUUUGUAACGUGCGAUAAGCGAAACGAAAAGAAAUAAAAUAACAGCAAAAUAAAUACAUAUUUAAUGGCAAACCGGUCGCUGGAUUCUACGGGUUCUCCGAGCAGUGUAAAGUUCAGCUGGUCAGUAAACAAAACAACAAAGUGAACCAAAAACAAAACCAAAAUCCAAAAAUCAUUCCAAUUAUCUGUCGUAUGUGACACGAAAAGAUAACAAGCGAAAUUGCAUACAACUGUUUAAGUUAACCGAAAGAUAAAAAGAUAAAAAUUAAAGCAAAUAAAUAAACAAAAUGUUGCCGCAACAUUUGCGAUGCGGAAGCUGAAGCACCAUAAAAAAUAAACAAACAACAACAACAAACUGUGCCAGCCAAAGAGUGAUCCAAUAAAAGACCCCCGGACCCAAAUUUCGUCCCGCUCAAAACCCCAAAGCGUGCUCAUUGCUAAAAGCCUAUCCAAUAUCCCCUAAUAUCAAGAGUGUCUACAGUGACUCGACUAAAGUUACAUACAAGUUGCACAAUCAGCGCAUCAAUUAAUCAAUGUGGCAAGUGAAAGACAAAAAAAAAAGAACAACAUGAAAACCUUAUGAAAAACCAAAGUUAAAAAUCCAAAACCAGAGCAGUGAACAAAGUCAAUCUCCAAAGUGGAAUCCACCAGAGACAACGUCAAACGAUGUCCGCUGCCAGCGCCAGCAAUCGACCUCCAACGUCGCCUCUGUACGAUGGUUAUGCGACAAUCCGAGCCCGUGGUCUGACCCGCUCCCGCUCCAUACGCGCCGCCGAGGUGACCGAGGCAGCAGCCGCCGCAAAGCCGCACGAACUGCAGGCGGCGGGCUUGAGGUUGGAGGCGGGGCAGCAGGGCCAGAGAAAGCGGACCGUCUCGCUUAGGAGCAACUACAGCCAGAGUUCGUCGCUGGGCGGCGGUCAUGGCGAGGAGAUCUAUGCGAGAGCCAAGCCCGUGCGUACUCCCACCAUUGGAUCCGACCUGGAGCCGAUCUAUGCCAGUGCCACGACAACGGCGUCGACCACCUCGGGAGGCGUUGGCUUUCGUCCUCUGUCGGAUGCGUCGAGCUCCUCGGGCGGCGGAUCGAUGCCCUGCGACUAUCAGAGCGUGAAGAAGAACUCCCGCUUCUCGCUGGAUUCCCUGCAGAGCAGUGCUACGCCCAAGACGCCUGACUAUAACACCGCCGGCGAGGAGGAGCACAUCUUUCUCUACACCGCACCGGAGAGUCCGAAGCGGAGACUCGACAGCGGACUUCGCAGCUCCUAUGACAGCUCGGAGCGGGUUUGCUACUCGCCGCUGCCGAGGCUGAGCUUCGAUAUGCAGGAACGCGACUCUCGGCGUGCCACACUGCGUCACAAUUCGGUCAGCUCGACGGGCAGUCGGCGACCCAUGACGCUGUCCCUGACGGAGUCGGUGCCGCUCUCUCCCACUGGACUUCCACCGCCAGCCCCUGUGCGCCGCGAGAGUCUCUAUGCCAAGCCAAAGAUCUAUGCCACGCCCACGCGCCCACCGACCACAAGACGCCUUAAUCUGUACGAGCUGCCCAUUGUGACGCAGCGCAGCAACAGCACCGAGUUGCUGGAGCGCUCCUACACCAGCCAGAGUCUAGCCACCAUUGACCAGGACGAGCUGCUCGUGGUGCCCAGUGCCAUGCCCAUGUUGCCAAGCGCCGUGGAUCGGCGCUACCACACCCUGGGCCACAUGCGGGUGAAGAGCAUGGGCGCCGGGUUGCACCGCAGUCUCGAUGUGCCCAUCGGUUCCAUGCUGGACAUGACCGCCCACUGGGCACAUCACGGCAAUCACAAGUCCGCCGGCAACAUCUAUGCCUCCGCCGAUGCGGCGGUGAGCGACCUAAACCGCAUGGCACCCGAGUACAUGGAUCCCCUGGACUUUAAGAUCGGCUGCCAGACAACCCUGAGGAGCAAGCCAUUGAUUCCCUGGUACGAGCUGGCCAUAAGGCGGGAUUUCAAGCGACAGUCGUGUCCGCCCAUGAGCGGAGCACUCACUUUGCCCACGUCGCCACAGUUGGAUGACCAGGCGCAUGUGGUGUCCGCAUUUGAGCAGUCGCUCUCCAACAUGACGAAUCGCCUGCAGCAGCUGACGGCGACGGCGGAGCGAAAGGAUGGCGAACUGACUGACAUGCGGCAGACAAUUGAGUUGUUGCGCAAGCAGUCCAUCCAGGCGGGACUCACAACUGCCCACAUGCAGAGCAUGGGCGUCCAGACGCAGGGGCAGACCCAAAACGAGCUGAUGUUGCAGCAGAAGCCGCCUCCAGUGCCGACUGGCAAUGCACGACCAGGUCAUGCCAAUGGCAACACCAAUCCCAAUCUCAAUCCCAAUCCUAAUUCCAAUGGCAAUGGCUUGGGGAUGGGAAUAGGAAUAGGGAUGCAGAGACAGCACAGCACGGAUUCGAUGUGCUCCUUAAACUCCAUCAGUUCGGGCUGCUCGGCGGCACAGGAUAAGAACAAGGCGAACAAGAAGAAGGGCUGGCUGAGGAGCAGCUUCACCAAGGCGUUCUCCCGCAAUGCCAAGAUCUCUAAGACCAGUCGCCAUGUGGGACAGCACCAUCAUCAGCAUGAGCAUAGCUCCAGCAAGACGCCACUCCACAAUGGUCAUGGACAUGGACUCGGACAUGGCGAUGGUCCUUUGGGUCUGGCAGCAUUGGCCACUCAGCCAGCGCCUCCUUUGCCUGUGGCGAAUGCGUCCAGCAAGCAGAGUAGUCCUGCCAAAACGGUGACCCUCAUUGACAACGCCAAGCCCAUUGAUGCCAUUGACCCGGAGGAUCAGCAGGUGGUCGAGGAUCUGAAGAAGCAACUGAGAGAAAAGGACCUCGUCCUGACGGAUAUCCGCCUGGAGGCGCUCAGUUCCGCUUCGCAGCUGGAGAGCCUCAAGGAUAUGAUGAACAAAAUGCGCUCCGAGAUGAUGUCCCUCAAGCAGAACAAUGAGCGUCUCCAAAAGCUGGUUACCAGUCGCUCGCUGGCCGGAUCCGAGGCUAGCCUGGGCCAGGCCAUCAGUCCCAAUGGUUCCCUGGGUGGAGGUGGCAACGCUUCGGAUGCCUCGCGUCGUUACUCGCUGGCCGAUGGCAAUGCUCGUCCGCCCAUGGAGCUUCCUCCUCGUCUGACCGAGGAACUAGAAGAGGAAUGCAUGCCGCCGGCACCAGCUCCAGAGCCACCACCACCUCCAGCACCCAGUGCAGGCGCCGUGGCACCGUUGAGUCCAAACACCCACAUUGAUCUGACACCACCGCCGCCAGCCUUGGAGACAGCACAGCUGAGCAGUCCAGUGCAUAUGGCUAGUGCUGUCGAGGAGUUGCCGGAUGUAUGCGAUGGCAAGAAGAUUGCCAUUGCCUGUUACUUGGGACAGCCCGAAUCCUUUGCCAAGUACUGUGAUGAGCUGCUCGAGCUGGACGACUUUUAUGCGAAUGGCGCCAUCAUCGCCAGUCACGAGGCGGAUGCCCAGGCACAACCGGGUGACCGUCAAGGAGCUGCCUUCACGGCCGCCAGUUGCAAUGAGUUCGUUAUCGCCUGCACAUACAUCUCGGGCAAGACGUCCUGGCAGAACCUGGACUACAUUGUGCGCAAGACCUUCAAGGAUUAUGUGGCACGCAUUGAUCCCGGCACCAAUUUGGGCCUCAACACGGACUCCAUAACGUCGUAUCAUUUGGGUGAGGCCAAACGUGGUCCUGAAAUGGGUUUCCCGGAGCUUCUGCCCUGCGGCUACAUUGUGGGCAAUGUGAAGACCCUCUACAUCUGCCUACAGGGUGUUGGCAGCCUGGCCUUCGACAGCCUCAUUCCCCGCAGCAUUGUACAUCGCUAUAUAAGUCUGCUCACCGAACAUCGACGCCUCAUUCUGUGCGGUCCCAGCGGCACUGGCAAAUCCUAUCUGGCUCGCCGCCUGGCCGAGUUCCUUGUGGCACGUGCCGGCCGUGGCAAUCCGUCGGAGGCCAUAGCCACGUUCAACGUGGAUCACAAGACCUCAAAGGAUCUGCGUCAAUAUCUGGGACACAUUGCCGAGCAGGCGGCCAUUGCCAAUGGCGUCUCGGAGCUGCCAUCUGUGAUCAUAUUGGACAAUCUGCAUCAUGCCUCAGCGCUGGGCGAUGUCUUCUCCUGUCUGCUCAGCGCUGGACCGGCCACCAAGCUGCCCUGCAUCAUUGGCACCAUGUCGCAGGCGACCUGUAACACCACCAAUCUCCAGCUGCAUCAUAACUUCCGCUGGGUGCUCACAGCGAAUCACAUGGAACCGGUUAAGGGAUUCCUGGGUCGAUUCUUGCGUCGCCGUCUGUUUCAACUGGAGCUGCAGACGCAACACUCACAGCCGGAGCUGGCUGCGGUGCUGGCCUGGUUACCAUCUGUGUGGCAGCACAUCAAUCGCUUUCUCGAGGUGCACAGCUCCAGUGAUGUGACCAUUGGACCACGUCUAUUUCUCUCCUGUCCACUGGACCUCAAGGACUCCCAAGUGUGGUUCACCGACAUUUGGAACUAUCAUUUGUCGCCCUACCUCGUCGAGGCGGUGCGUGAGGGAGUCCAGCUCUACGGACGACGCGGCGGCGCGUGGAACGAUCCGUCGGCCUUCAUACGCAACUCAUAUCCCUGGCCUUAUGGCCCCGACUCUGUGCCGCCACUGCGCCAGAUCAAUGCCGAGGAUGUGGGCCUAGAAGGCGUGGCCCUCAGCAAUGGCGAGCAACAGGAUCCAUUGCUAAACAUGUUGAUGCGACUGCAAGAGGCUGCCAACUACUCCGAGAAUCAGGAUCCAGAAUCCGACUGUGCCAGCUUGGACUCCAAUGUUACUCCAGACAGCUCGGCGGGAGCUGAGUAGAAUGCCCCUAAAAAUAUAUAUAAAUAAUAAACAAACAACUUCGUACAUGCCAAAUUUACACGUAUGCGUUGUAACUGAACGCUAAUGGAAACUGCCCCCCACACACACGCACCACACACACUAUACACACACUUGAUGAUCAAUCACACAAAUGAAAUUUCUUGCACUACUUUCGCGAACAAGUUCAAAAGCAGUUCCAAGAAGUUCACAUUUGCACCAAUCUAUAAAUCCAUUAAUCUACCAUCCUUUUAACACUCGCCAGCAUCCGGUUAAUAUAAAUUGCACUUUUUAGCGCACUUGUUAAAAAUGCAAAUUGUCCCAAAACAAAAAACAAAAAAAAUUCAAAAGAAAAUACACAAAAAUAGCACUCAUUCCACUAUUCAUUCUAUUCACUGUUUUUCUUCAAAUCAAUAUGGUGACCAUUUGCGUAAGGUCAACACGACCCGAUAAAAAAAAUAGUAAAA